AUGGCCACUGCGCAAAGCCCGCCCGCCACUGGGUCAACUACCUACCCGUCCGCGAUCGAUACCUACUACAUACAAUGUCCGGCAAAACCGAAGAGCACCCGCCACCUUACGGAGGUCCUCCGAACCCUCCCAAGGCCACAUACCCGGGCGCAGGCCCGGCGGAAUCAACAUAUCAACGAAACGAUGCCUAUGGGGCUCCCCAGCAGCAGCAGCCUUACUACCAGCCUGGCCCGCAGAUGGGAUACCACCAGCAACAAGGGCCCUACGGUCAACAACAAUACGGCCAGCAGCAAUACGGCCAGCAGCAAUACGGCCAACAACAAUAUGGGCAGCAGCAAUACGGACCCCCUCCAGGUCAAUACGGCCAGCAGGGACCGUACCAGCAAGGUCCUUAUCAACAGCAGGGCCACUUUGGUAACAACGACAGAGGAGGCAUGGGCGGCGCCGCCACUGGCAUUCUUGGUGGUCUAG